CUUUGAAUCGUCUCAACUAAAUGCCAAAUGAAAUGAAAAACAAGAUUAUGGCAUCAGUUAUAUUUUGGCCGUCGAUCAGAAAGACUGAAGUGAAUGUUAAACAAUUUUCAAAUGUAUUAAUCUUUCAAAGGGGAAAAAACAAAGUUAUUGAAAGUGUAAUUUUGUAAUGGAUAUAACAAACUUAUUUCUAUGCGCCAUUUUGGCUUGCGUGACAACAUGUCGAUGCAUCGAGUUUGUGGCAUUGAAUCGUGAACAUAUCUACGAAUACGAAGGAAGUGUGAGUGUAUCAGCGCAAACACCAUGGGAUCAGAUUAAUUCAAAACCACCACAAACAGCCGAAUGGAAAAUACGCGGCACAGUUAAAUUUCAACGUAACAACGAUCAAAAUCUUGCUGCUUCGCUUGCUGUCGAGAAGAUAACGGUUGAAAGACAGAAUGGAAAUGGUGCUGUUUUUUAUCAAAAUAAAGAGAUGCACGCGCUUUACCAUCCAUUUAAGAUUGUUUAUGUGAACGACACAAUAGAUUACGUUCAAUUUAAAGCAUCCGACACAUUGUGGUCCAGGAAUUUUAAGCGUGCAAUGGCAUCGACAUUUCAGCUGAAAAACCUAAAGAAUGGUGCUUUCCUCGAAGAAGAGUUUGGCAUUCAUGGCAAAUGCACAAUGGAAUAUUAUGUGACGAAAAAAUCGAAUGGUCAUGUAUCGAUAAGGAAAAAUCCGGUACUUUAUACAUGUCAACCGCAUUCGUGUGGCAUUCACCAAUCGAUCUCGAAUGUGCCUGAAACAAAAUGCUUUGAUGGCGAAUCGGAAAAGAAUGUGAUUGUUGGCAACGAAAUGAUGUAUGAUCUGGCACCAAGAGACAUCGAACAGACCAAUGCAACGAACGAUUUUGAAAACUAUUACUUGCAUCGAAUCUACGUGGAAGGUAAUACGUUGUUACAAACAUUCGAGUCGACGGGCGAAACUCAGCUGGUGGUUUCAAAAUUAACACUUACAUUCACCACAUCGAAUGACAUUGUGAAUGAAAUCGAUAUACAGAAUAAUAUGGCAUCUAUCAAAUCGAAUUUAAUUAUCGAAGAGCAUUCAGUGAGCGAUGUGAGCGGUGAGCGUCAAACAUUUGAAUCCGAUGAAUUGAUUCGUGAGGCCAUUGAUUUGCUCGGAUCGUUGGCUGAUGAUUUGGAAAACAGUAAUAUUCGAUUCGAUGAACCGUAUGAACAUCGCGUGGUUGAUGUGAUUCGUGUGUUCAGCCAAUGCAAUUUUGAAUCUCUCAAAUCUUUGUAUCAAUCGAUAAAUAUUGGCACCUCGUAUCGUCAAGAAACAAUGCGAAAUCUUUUCUACGAUAUCAUACCGCGGACCGGUACCAGAGCAUCAACCCAACUAACGCGUGAUUUAAUUGUAGAGAAUUUAUGCAAACCAACCACGGCCAUUCAACUAUUAAUAACAAUUCCAUUUCAUAUCAUUGAAAUGAGCUCGGAACUUGUGACGGAUUGUGAACCAUUGAUGCGACUUAGCAUUGAGCGCCCAGAUGUUCAACAACUUGGCAUUUUGACUUUUGCAACCAUUGUACACAAUGCAUUUUUUGCCGGAAAACUAUCCGAGAGUUCAUUUGAUAAAUAUGUGAAAACAUUCUUCAAUCUAUUUCUAGAUAGUCAUGAUUACGAGCACAAACUAUUGUAUUUACAAGCAUUGGGAAAUUUAAAACUAGGAAAAGUAACCGACUAUUUGGAUCCAAUCAUACGUGAUGAAUUGCAAUCGGACGACGUUCGAUUUAUGGCAACAUUGAUAAAAGAAUCCGUUGCCGAACAGUGGACCACAAAUGAACGUCGAACAAAUUACGAAACAUUUUGGCCCAUUUUCGAAAAUCGUACGGCCACUCUCGAAUUACGAGUUGCCGCGUUCAUGACGCUACUUACAUCCAAUCCAACAUCGGCACGCUUGAUGAGCAUUCAUACGCUAAUGGAAAACGAAACGAAUCCACACUUGGUAAACUUUUAUCGUACAACAUUGUUAUCGCUGGCUGGCACGACUCAACCAUGCUUUCAAAAAUUGCGUCGCUUAGCAUCAGGAAUGAUUCGCCACUUACCCAAAGCACCUAAAACACGCUACUGGGUCACUGGAAACUACAUAUUCGAUUAUCGCAGCAACGAAUACGGGUUGGGUGCCUCGUUACAAACACUAUUGAUUGGCAAUGAAAAAACACAUUUACCACAGAUUGCCUUUUUCAAACUACGGCAAGAAGCCAUGGGAAAAUACACAAAUGAAUUAACGUUGUAUAUCAAAGCGCGUGGAUUGGACCAUUUUCGUUUCGGUGAAUUGGUUAACACAAACAAUGGUGGAGCCAUCAAUUUGAACAAAUUACGACAGAUUUUAUCGUCGUUAAAAAUGCCAAUCGUUACGAAGAGUCCCGUUCAUUUGGAGAUUAUCGUGCAAAUCGAAGGCAAAUCCAUUUUAUUCUUCUUUUUGAAUCAACAAUCGUUCAAUGCACUGACCGAAGGCGACAUUCUGAAUCGAAUAAUGAAACUGCUUCAAACGGACAGUCACAUAAAUUUGCAAAAUGUUCGAUGGCCAUUUCAUUCCCGUUACUCUGUACCAACUGUACUUGGAACUCCGACCAUUUUAAGCAUGCAAAGUAGUAUAUUGUGCUCAAUUCGUGGCAAUAUUACGCAAAACAUUCAGGGAUUUGAAAUUUGGCGCAGCCACGAAAUUGAUUUGCGUUAUUCUUCAUUUACCGUUGUCACGAGCAAAAGUUACAAUCCUUUUUUGAAUGCAGAACAUCAAGUUUCGCGCGAACAGGGUUUCUUAGUUUAUCUUCCGAUCAACAAUGAUUUAAAAUUAAAUUUAAAAAAGUCAUCGCUGUGGUUUUCGUUCCAACGGCCGAGUAAUUUGAUUAGUGGCAUUUCGUUAAAAUCACGAAUCCGCACAAUGACGAAGGGUAGACCGCUACGAAAUGAUCAACCGUUCGUUGAUAUUGCCAUCUACGAAGGCGACCCAAGUUUUGUGGCGAGCGAAUUAUUUAAUUACGAAAUUGAAGAUUUGGAUUUAAAUUUAACCGGCAUUUCUCACCCCUUUCACAUAUUGAGCAAUUUAAAAUUGAUGUUUCAUAUGGACCCUACGAUAAAUACAUUUGUUUAUCAUGAAAUGGAGCCACUUAUGAAACUUUGGAGCUUAUUGCGUGUCAACGAUAUUCAUAUUGGUACAAACAAAAAAUUCACAUUGCUAUUUCAUAAUACAAAGAAUACAAAGUUGGAAGGACGGUUUUCGCUCAUUACGAAUUCAUUAAUCGAUACAUCGGUUGAUAUUCAAACGAAUACAGUUGAUUUGACCUUUGAACAUAAGCACGAUGACGAUGUUCUGCACAAAUUAUCCAUCAUCCUUGUCGUACAGAACAACAAGGCUGUCAAUCGAAAUCGGAAGAGUGAUCAAGUCAAACUUCAAUUGGCCGUUAUUCAUACAAAUAAAAAUCGAGAACUUUGGAUGUUGACUGGUGACGCAACAUAUGAACCCAUUGUAUUUUUAAAGCAACCAUAUUUGCUGCAGGGCGUUAUAUCAUUUGGUGAUAAAAACGAGACGACAACAACACUACUGCAAAAUCCGACGAAAAUCAAUUUUGAAUUAUUCGCCGACACUUUGUCAACGGCAAAAAGUGCGUACGAAAAAUUACCAGACACGAAGCAUUGUCCUCGUGAAGUGCUUAAAUUCAGUCCACCACCACAAAAUAAACAAUGUGAUCAAAAUGUUUAUCGAGACUUAACCACAAUUCAUGAAUACGGGUUGAAUGUUACCUUCCACAAUAAUCCCUUAUGGCUGGAGCAUACUCUGACACGCUUCGACUACUUCAUCACAUCAUUGUCAGUUGAUAUUGAUUUAUAUAAAUUCGCCGAAGAAAUUGAUGCACGAGUAAAUACAUUCUCCGAAAAAUUGCAAUUGAAAGCAAGUCUGAAUGGGAGAAAUGUAACGAUACCCAAUUUGCCACUGUGGAUUAAUCGAAAUCCAGACGCCAAAUUUGAUCGACCUGAACAGUUGGCGUUGAGCAUUGGCAAUGCACACAUGUGCUCAAUAGUAUCGUCAACUGUGAAUUCGUUCGACGAUAAACCGAUCAACUUGGAAAAUAAUGCCAAACCCAAUUGUUCAGUAUUAUUAGUAGCGGAAUGUACGUAUACAUCUCGGUUUGCAGUAUUUUUAAAGCCAGCCCGCCGUGAGCUUCAUCGGGAUGCAUUUGAACUGGAAUUGCAUAUAGAUGGCCUCGUGAUUUGGUAUACACCAUACGUGAAUGGAAAAGAUUUCAUUCGAUUGGAAAAUUCAACUGAAAUUGAAAUUACGUCACUGAUAACACCGUUUGGUGAAACAGUAGAACUAAGUAUACACGUUAAUGCCGAAAAUUUGAUCAUAUUCGAACUUUUUAAGAGCAUUCAAAUUCAAUACUCUCGUGCUGACAUUCUAACGAUUCAAGUUCCAUCGUCAAUCAAAGCAAAUCUUUGUGGUGUUUGCAGCUUACCAUUUAAUGUGGCCAAUGAUUACUAUUAUUGUAGCUGAAAAAGUUUAAUUCUAUUUUUUUUUCAAAAUAUUUAUUUGAUAUGUAUUUGACAAUGAGAAAAUAAAAAUAACACUGUGCGUCAUUUUUUAACUUUUAAAAUGUGACAGAAACGAGA